UUAAAAAUAUAAACUGAGAAUGUUAUCAUUAACUGCUAGCGAGUGCGCCGUUAUGUCUCGAAUCCCCUGGGCUUCUGCCGCUCUUUCCGCUACCUGCUUUUACGACGCGAUGCGUCACUUGGACUUGCUUGGCAUGCAAUGAUGGAUCUCCCUCGCAGUCAGUAUAUGAGAUCGCCAAGUUUCCUCGCAGCUGUAGUCCUUCUGAGCGACUCUGACAGUCCACGCGGGACCGAGUGAGUGCCUCUCGCCUGGCUGCCCGGAUUGGCCAGAGCGCACCAACUGCUCCGCCUGCGCAGCCCGCUUAAGCAGAGCCCACCGAAGAGCGCGAUAGAGCAACACAGCUCGGCUCUGAACAGGGAAGGAGUCCUGCGCACAGGACGAUCCGAGUGCGCGCGCGGGACCUCCUGUUGCACUAUGCGCCUGCCCUGCGAGACACGCCGACGAAGCCCCCCUAAAGUGCCCCCUGGAAGCCGCUGUUGAACGUGGAAGGAGCAAGUCUUGGGAGCAGUAGCGCCGCGCGCGCCUCUUUGGGACUGAAGCGGACAAUCAUGAAGCUGGUGCUGUGGGCGUUGGGAUUGGUAACCUUCGUCCCGGACGCCCUUACUGUAGCUUCUGUGCGCUCAGGGAGCCCCCGCGGAUACAUGCGGCAAGCACAACUGUUUGAGAUCGCCACCCCUCGCCGAGUGGACGACGCCGGACACAAUUUUCCCCACGACGUUCACUUCAGGAAAAGGACGAGGCGAAGCGCACCGCUCUCGGACGGACAGAUGACGGACACCUGGGGCGCACCGCAGGUCUGGUACAAGAUCAGCGUCUUUGGCCGUGAUUUCCACCUCAACCUGACUGCCGACGCGGGCUUCAUUGCUCCUGUCUACACUGUAUCGAUAUUGGGAGCUAAAAACGUUACGGCUUUCUCUGCCCACGAGGAGGACACCGAUUUCAAGCACUGCUUUUAUUCUGGACAUGUCAACUCGCAGAAGGAGCACACGGCAGUCAUCAGCCUCUGCGCCGGCAUGCUUGGUACAUUCAGGUCUCCCGAGGGAGAAUUUUUUGUAGAGCCUCUGCAUCACCACCAGGGAGAAUCCUUUGAAGAAGAACACAGCAAACCUCAUCUCGUGUACAGAAAAGAUUCAAGCAAUGAAGAAGAGUCCAAGAAAACAAGUGCCUGUGAAACAUCAGGACACAAUCAUUCAAUACAAAGAAGCAAAGAAAAUCUCACAAAUCAUGUUUUUGAAGAUCUGGACUAUUUAAGAACAAAUAUCGCAGCAGCUGAUGCUUUUAGCAAAAAGCGGGACAGCAAUGAAACCAGUGAAUCUGGGGCACGCCGGAGAUCAAAGAGAUUCUUAUCCUACCCUCGCUUUGUUGAAGUCAUGGUAGUGGCAGACAGUAAGAUGGUGGAACGCCAUGAAAAUAACCUGCAGCACUAUGUUUUAACCUUGAUGUCUAUUGUAGCAUCUAUUUAUCGUGAUCCAAGUAUUGGAAACCUUAUUCAUAUUGUAAUUGUAAAGUUAGUGAUCCUUAAAAGUGAGCAGGAUGGUCCUGCUAUAUCCUUUAAUGCUCAGACCACCUUAAAAAACUUCUGUAUCUGGCAGCAGACUCAGAAUCACCCCGAUGACAGCCAUCAUUCUCAUCAUGACACUGCUGUACUCAUCACAAGACAAGACAUUUGCAGAGCACGAGACAAAUGUGACACAUUGGGUUUGGCAGAGUUGGGCACAGUGUGUGAUCCGUACCGAAGCUGCUCCAUCAGCGAGGACAAUGGCCUAAGUACAGCUUUUACUAUCGCCCAUGAGCUUGGCCACGUAUUUAACAUGCCUCAUGAUGACAGCAACAAAUGUACAGAGGAAGGGGUGAAGAACCAGCAGCACGUCAUGGCACCCACGCUGAACUACUACACCAACCCAUGGAUGUGGUCCAAAUGCAGCAGGAAAUAUAUUACAGAAUUCCUUGAUACAGGAUAUGGAGAAUGCCUGCUUGAUGAACCCUUGUCCAGACCAUUUUCCCUCCUGCAGCAACUUCCAGGACAAAUAUACAGUGUAAACAAACAAUGUGAAUUCAUUUUUGGGCCAGGGACACAGCUGUGCCCAUAUAUGAUGCAAUGCAAACGUCUUUGGUGCACCAGUCCUGAAGGAGCUCAGAAGGGAUGCCGCACACAACAUAUGCCUUGGGCAGAUGGGACCGAGUGUGAGCCUGGCAAACAUUGCCAUCAUGGUGUAUGCAUUGUCAAAGACCAGGAGCCUGUGAUCAUAGAUGGGGCAUGGGGUGUGUGGAGCCCAUUUGGGACUUGCUCCAGGACUUGUGGCGGAGGCAUCAAGAUUGCUGUGCGCGAAUGCAAUCGGCCAAUGCCAAAAAACGGAGGGAAAUACUGUGUUGGGCGAAGAAUGAAAUUUCGGUCCUGCAACACUGAGCCAUGUGCCAAGCAAAAACAAGAUUUCCGCGAAGAACAGUGUGCUGCAUUCAAUGGAAGGCGCUUCAGUAUUAACAAUAUCCCUGAAGAGCCCCGCUGGGUUCCUAAGUACAGUGGAAUUUUAAUGAAAGACCGCUGCAAGCUUUUCUGCAGAGUUGCUGGGAAGACGAUGUAUUAUCAACUCAGGGACAGAGUGAUCGAUGGCACACCAUGCGGGCCCGAUACCAAUGAUAUCUGUGUGCAAGGCCUUUGUCGGCAAGCUGGAUGUGACCAUGUGCUGAAUUCCAAGGCAAGGAGGGACAAGUGUGGCAUCUGUGGCGGUGAUAAUUCGUCAUGCAAAACUGUUGCUGGCACAUUUAACACUGUUCAUUAUGGGUACAAUGUAGUCAUUCGUAUCCCAGUUGGUGCUACAAAUAUAGAUGUACGGCAACACAGCUACUCAGGAAAACCAGAAGAUGACAACUAUUUAGCUAUUUCUAACAGCCGUGGUGAAUUUUUAUUAAAUGGUGAAUUUAUUGUCAGCAUGUUCAAGCGGGAAAUCAAAAUUGGGAAUGCCAUAAUUGAGUAUAGUGGAUCUGACCAUGAGAUUGAAAGAAUUAAUUGCACGGAUCGCUUGGAUGAAGAAAUCACAGUGCAGGUCUUAUCAGUGGGAAACUUGUACAACCCAGAUGUACGGUACUCCUUCAACAUUCCCAUUGAGGAUAAACCACAGCAGUACUUUUGGGAUGUGUAUGGCCCUUGGCAGGAGUGCAGCAAGCUUUGCCAAGGUGAACGGAAAAGGAAAAUCCUUUGCAGCAGAGAAUCCGAUCGAGUUGUGGUCUCUGAUCAAAGAUGUUAUGGUUCCCAGAGACCCUCUGCAAUAACAGAGCCUUGCAACACAGAAUGUGAACUGAGGUGGCAUAUAGCCAGGAGAAGUGAGUGUACUGCUCAGUGUGGACCAGGCUAUAGGACACGAGAGCUUUAUUGUGCCAAAUACAGCCGCUCAGAGGGAAAAACUGAAAAGAUUGAUGACCGCUUCUGCAGCAGCCAACGCAAACCAGAUGAUAGGGAGGUGUGUCAUGGCGACUGUAAUGUAGGAGGCUGGCAGUAUUCUUCUUGGACAGAAUGUUCAAAAAGCUGUGGCGGUGGCACUCGAAGACGAGGAGCUGUCUGUGUCAGUUCUCUUGGUGGAGUUCUGGAUAACAGCAAAUGCAAUCAGCAGGACAAGCUGGACAUACAGCAGUGCAACGAGUUUCUCUGCCCCCAGUGGAAAACUGGCGACUGGUCUGAAUGUCUGGUGACGUGUGGGAAGGGUUACAAGCACCGUCAGGCCUGGUGUCAGUUUGGAGAGGACAGACUUCAUGACAGAUUCUGUGACUCCUCUACAAAGCCACAUUCUGUGCUCACAUGUCAGCAGCAGGAGUGCGCUGCCUGGCAGGUUGGACCGUGGGGACAGUGCACCACCACCUGUGGACCAGGGUACCAAAUGAGAGCAGUUAAAUGUGUGCUGGGGUCCUAUGGCUCUGUUGUGGAUGACACCGAGUGUAAUGCAGCUACCAGACCCACAGAUACUCAGGAUUGUGAAAUAACGGCAUGUCCUGAUUUGGAACCAAAAGUCCUCAAGCACGCUGGUCACAGAACGCAGUGGCGGUUUGGAUCGUGGACCCAGUGCUCAGCAACCUGUGGGAAAGGCAGCAGGCAGCGCUAUGUCAGCUGCAGAGACCAUCAAGGGGGCGUAGCGGAUGAUUCUGCCUGCUCACAUCUGCCCAAGCCACCAUCCCGGGAAGUCUGCUCUGUUGUGGCCUGUGGGCAGUGGAAGCCUUUGGAAUGGACGCUGUGUUCAGUGACCUGCGGGCAAGGAAAGGCCACAAGACAGGUGGUGUGCAUAAGUUCCAAUGACCAGGUCGUGGACCUAAGUGAGUGUGAUCCAGAUGAUCGGCCUGCAACAGUGCAAGAGUGCACCAUGUCUGCCUGCCCUUCCCAAUCAAAUGAUAGGGGCAGAAUCAAUUUGCCCACUGACCCUCGAGUGAAGGUGCCCCCUUCUCAUGGGCUCCCAAAUCGGAAUGCAGGCCGGGCCCAGCCUCCUGGUGCUAACCAGUGGAGAAUGGGCCCUUGGGGAGCGUGUUCCAGUACCUGCGCAGGGGGAUUUCAACGGCGAGCUGUUGUCUGUCAGGAUGAAAAUGGAUAUGCGGCAAGCAACUGUGAGGAGCGCGGACGACCGGUGGAGCAGCGGUCAUGCGAGUCUGGGCCGUGUCCUCAGUGGGUGUUUGGCAGCUGGGGCGAGUGCACCAAGUCAUGCGGCGGUGGAGUAAAGACACGUCAGGUGGUGUGCCAGAGGUCCAAUGGGGAGCGAUUCAGUGACCUGAGUUGUGAGAUCCUCGACAAGCCCCCAGAUCGCGAGCAGUGUAACACUCAGGGUUGCCCAUCACAAGCUGGCUGGAACAGCAGUCCUUGGAGCUCGUGCUCAGUGACUUGUGGAAGAGGUCUGAAGUAUCGAACCGUCACCUGCCUGAGUAAAGAUGGCACCCAGGUGGACGAGGAGAGGUGCCACAAUGUGACAAAGCCAAGCACACAGAAGCAGUGCAGAGGGGGACGAUGUCCCAAAUGGAAAAGUGGACACUGGGGACCGUGCUCACAAUCCUGUGGACCUGGAACGAGACACCGAAGAGUUAUUUGUCAAAAGCACAAUGGUGAAGAUCUGAGCUCCGAGUACUGUGACAGUCGCAAAAGACCCCCAGAGACGGAGAGCUGUAAUGUGCAGCCAUGUGAGUUCAUCUGGAUUACAGGGGAAUGGUCUGAGUGUUCUGUAAGCUGCGGACGCGGUUACCAGAGAAGACUUGUGUCCUGUAGUGAGGUUUAUAGCGAUAAGGACCAUUAUGAAUAUGGAUAUCAAGUGACCUCCAACUGUCCUGGUGUGCCCCCCACCAGCAUUCAGGCUUGUUACCCUGAGGAAUGUGUGGCACCCGCCACUUGGAGAGUGGCAAACUGGGAACGUUGUUCAACAACUUGUGGAGAUGGAGUCAUGCAAAGACGUGUCCAGUGCUUAGAUGGCAGCGGUCAGAAGAGCAGUGAAUGUCCAGUAGAUAUGAAGCCAGAGGAGAGCGCCGUCUGUCACAUCUUAGACUGCGCAUUCCCAAGAACUUGCUAUGAUGUACUGAGACAGACAGGCAUCUCCGAAGACGGAGAGCACUUGCUGAAUAUUCUUGGAAAAGUCGUUAAGAUUUAUUGUGCUGGAAUGCAGACUGAGAGUCCAAGAGAGUACAUCACUCUUGUGAGCGCUGAUGGAGAGAACUUCUCAGAAGUCUUUGGAUUUAGACUCAUUAACCCCACCGAGUGCCCCUACAAUGGGAGCCGCCGAGAGGACUGCAUUUGCCGAAAAGAUUAUACUGCGGCUGGGUUCACCAAGUUCAGCAAAGUAAGGCUGGACAUCAACAAAAUGCAAAUAAUAACCACAGACUGGCUCUUCUCACAAACCUCAGAAGGACACCAUGUUCCAUUUGCCACUGCUGGAGACUGUUACAGUGCUGCCAAGUGUCCACAGGGUCGCUUCAGUGUUGAUCUCUCUGGAACAGGCUUUUAUAUCACUGAGGAAACAAAAUGGGUCUCCCAAGGGAACUACGCUGUGGCUGAGAUGAAGAGGUCUCCGGAUGGCAGCAGAGUGACUGGAAAGUGUGGUGGCUACUGUGGGAAGUGCACGCCGUCGUCUGGCACAGGCCUACAGGUCGGGGUGUAGGUGACAGAGAUACUUUGGAAAAAAUCCAACCAUUGGCAGUGUCAGAAUCUUAAGUUAUAAUGUUACCUUGGAGGCCUGUAAGCUGUACAUACAGAAUAUUGUGUACAUUUUGUACAUACCUGAACUUUAUUUAUUUAUAUUUUUAUAAGAUGCAUGGUCUAUGAAGUAUACUUUUGUUGUUCAAGUGCAUUUUUUCCAUUAACUCGCCUCAUUUCUAAAUCUGUUUUUUUGGGUCAGUAAGUCAUUAUUCAUUUUGGUGCUGCUGUCCAGGUCCAUUUCUUGUGAUGCCAGGAGCUGCCCAGGAUUCACACAGCAGGUGGUGCUGCUGCCCUCUUAGCAUAGCCCAGGUGCAGGUACCUCGUCUCCUGCUGUGUGGUGAUUCGGCUCCUGGCGGGCUCGUUGACGGGGCUGUGCUAUAAUCUGUUGUCUUUACCAACGUUUGAGCAUUAGUGAGUAUAAAUGGCCAAGAUGAGGCCUCCGACCAGCGUGAAAGAGCUGCACAUCUGCCCACCCUGCUCUCUGAACCAGCAGGCCUCAGGUGUGACCGAUACAGUUGCAAAAUGGCGGUAAACACCAUUGGCACUAACACCACCAGCAGUAUUCAGCAUUAGGGAUGCUUUAAUUGCACGCCUCGUUUUUUUAAAGUUGUGCUUUUUCCUUCCCUUUUUUGGCGCCUUCUGGAUUUUGUUACCUCUAAUGUAAAACUGUGACCUAACAGGUGUCAAAAUGUGAAAAUGUUUUACUGUGAUGAAAAUAAGCAGGACAUGACCCUCUCUGUGCUGCCACUGGCCUGCCACCUUGUGCCCCAUUACGAGUACUAUAGCCUGUCACUUAAGUGCCUUACACUGCCUAUCGCAGGAAGCCCCCAGUCUCACCAGUCUGAGCUGUUGUGACAACAUGGCUAAAUCUCCAAAGGUUAUCAACCAGAACCCUGACAGUGCUGAAAUGGACAUUAACUCUGCCAAAAAAGCGGGAUGAAGAGGCUAAGUGGCACGCCGGGGUGAAGUAUUCGACAAAUAGCGUUGGUAGGCCCAGGGUUACUUCACAUUGGCCUUAACAAAGAACAACAAGGUAAGAGCUGUAACUUUAGCUGAUCAUUCUGGUUACUGCCCGGUGCUGGGAUGCACUGCCAGACGGGUCUGGAGUUCGGCAGGUUGAGCUCCCCUACUUUAUAAAGGUACUGAACAGAGUGAUGAAGAACACAACUGUAACGCCUACUCAAACCGCAUGACCACUUCACUCGUACCUCAGAUCAGCCGCAUCACUUACUCAGCCUUGACUUCCCUCCAUCCAGUAUUAUUAUUAUUCUUAUUAUUGUUCUUUUUUUUUGUCUUCAUUGUCUUAUGUUAUUUCCACAGCCUAUGGAAUCAGUGUGGUUACUUCGGGUGCUCCUGUGCUGUGGUUCGAGGGCCCUCAGGGGUCACUAUUGAUGCUACUGUCAUACUGUUAGGAGCAUCAAUUGGCAUUUACUACAUUUAAAUUAUUGACGGAAAACUAUUGUCUUGUUUGUGUCUAAUUUGUGUUUAUUAAAAUAAGCACUGAGAUGUGUCACUUGUACUGUUUGCCAUUUACAAAAUAAAUUAUUUUCCUAGACA